GAACAAAUGUGCUUGUAUUGGUUGAAAAGUAUUGCUUGUGGAACAGCUCCAAAAAAUCACAAAAUAGAAAAACACUUCGGCUAAAAAUGACUACCGUCUGUCGUUUCUGCUUAAAGAACUCCCCGAAACUAGUACCACUGUUUGAAACACUUAUUAAUGGUGAAUUGCUGAUCGAAUUUAUACGAUCAACCCUUCGAGUGGAGAUCGAUACCAGUUUAGAUUUUCCGCGUGAAGUCUGCCAAGAUUGCCUCAAGAGGGUUCACUCUCUGCAUAAUUUUCAUAGACGACUGCUUGAAAGCCAAUCACUUCUCAUUCAAUGGAGAAAAGAGGGUAGAGCACUAGCUGUAGCCAUAGAAGAGAUGAACACCAGCAGUUCCCAGGCAAACGAUGGAAGCAGUCCCGAAAUAAUCGUUGAUCAUGAUGUGGUAACUGAAAUCAUUCGGGAGCCUGUUGAGAUAAAAAAUGAACUUUUGAUUUCCGAUGACGAAGAGACCACACAAAGCCGAGAUAACGGUAAUGUAAGGCCUCACCCUAAGAAAAGAAAGAGAAGUACCAUAGCAAUAAAUUGCCGAGGUCAGUUAAAUAAUAUUGAUUCAUCUUCACGAGAUUCUUCUCCCACAAUAAUUCAAGAAACUCAUCAAAUUGCAUCAGACUCGCCAGUUGGUAUCUCCCGAAGGUCGCAACAAUCAACAGCAUCCGCGUUGAACAACAAAACAUUGCAAACUACUUCGAGCGAAGCCAAUGGAACUUCUAAAAAUCCUAAUGAUUGCGGCUCGAGGUGCUUCCCGUUUGCAUCUUUCAAACAAGAAAUGGACAAAUUCAAGGUCGAACAAAGCGUGAUUAUCCACACGGCUGUAGAGUCUGCUGUCACGAAAUGUUUCGAUCAAAAUUUCGCACGUUUCGCAUCGUUACUGGGUAUUAACAAAACGACACGCCGAAGUAUUCCAGAUAACAUUGUUGAACGAAAGGAAAUUGCAGAUGUGAAAACGGCCUCAGAAAAAUGGAAUUUGAUAACAAACGAGCAGGAACUUGUUGAGUGGAAUGAUAAACUAGAUGACAGUGAGCUCUGUCAAAGUUAUCUCAACUAUUUCUCGAAUAUCGUCAUGCCAAACGCUUACGUGGGGAAGGGAGACAACGCAUGCUACAUCAUCGUGGACUGUCUAUUUUCACGCGAAUUUUGGAAUCAGUUCACAUGGACAGGGAUAAAUCGCGGCCAGAAGUCCAAGCGAGGAUUCCGCCAAUUUGGAAAUGUUACAAAAUUGCUACUGGACAUUGUACGGAUUGGUGAUCCCCAGUACACCUUCCAAAAGCUGGAAACCUUCUGUAAGGCGCGAUUAUUCCGCUAUUCCAAAUCACGAUCAUCGAGUAAGAAACUUCGCAAGUCGGUGUGCCGUCCUGGGCGGAGUAAGGCAAACAAAACGUGUAAGGCAUAUGGUUCACCUGAUGAACAAAUCCAUGUAAAAUCUGAGGAAUUCGUGGACGAGGGAUACGAACACACAAUGUCGAAUGAGAUGGCGUAUGUUGAUGUGGACAACCAAAUGGAAGAAGAAUCGUUAAGCAAUGGCGAGAAUUCCGAGGGAGCCGAGGAGUAUCUGGAAGAAGACGACGAUUAGUGUGAGCGACAUUCGACGUAAUCAUGAUUUUCAGCAAUUGAUUUGUAUCUUUUCUGGUAUAGUAGCAAAUCAGAAUUGGUUAAAUUUUGAAAAAGUGUGGUUCUUCCAAAGUUCGCUUUAAAUAAAUAAAUACAAUAUCACCCGUAAUUACUACUGUGGCUACAUAAAACUUGAUUCAUUUAGAAUCGAGAAUCACAAAACCUCUCGGGAUUGGCAAACCCUUUAACGGGCCGUGAGAACUAGGCAUAUAAUCAACGCAAACCACAAUAGAUCGACAU